AGCUCCAAACUUGUCGUCAACCAAAUCCAUUGCGGUUCAUGAGAAUCGAUGACACUCGCAAUUCAGUACUGCCAAAGUGAGGAAAUCCCACUAGUUCCUCCUAUCUCUGACAAUAAUUACUCCAAAAUGAUUUAUGAGAUUAGAACAACAAACAAAUAAAUAAGUGCAUCAUCUAAUAAUAAUCAUCCUAGAGAACAUAACCAUGUGGAGAAGAUAAUAAAUCCCUCGUUAAUCCCCUAAUCACCAAAACCAAUUAAUAAUCAGAAGAAUCUCCCCAAAUUAUGUGCCGAAAACCUCAGUGAAGUGAUAAUGAAACUGAUAACUUGAGGCAGACCAUCACAGGAGAACCAUUUGCGCUGACAGUGAUGAUUACAAAACAAAAUCUUGAAACCUAGUACUUUAAUCAAGUGAAUUGACAAUCAGAGAUGGCAUCAGAGGCAGCGACUGUGGACGAUGGGAUCGUGGAGCCGGGGAUCGAGCCUGGAGCAUCCACAGAGACGAUGCUGGUGACGACUGACAGCUUCGAGGAGUACGAGCAAGAGAUGAGCAGCAGCAUCGACGACAGACACAAAGACACUGAGGCUCAUCCCCCAGGAGACAAAAUAAAAUUAUCCAAAGGAGAGAACAGUGAGAUUAACCUCAUGAAACUCAAGGGUAAUCCCUCCCUGGACGAGUCUGACGUCGACGAGACGACGAAUGAACUGAACCAGUGCAACCUGGACACUGACCCCUUGAGAUGCAAAAAGUGGCUGGCCCAGAAGAAGCACAUAUUCGUGCUGAGUCAGGCUGGAAAGCCAGUUUACUCCAGGCACAGUCCAGAGGACAAACUCGUUACUGUUAUGGGAGUGAUGCAGGCGCUCGUGUCCUUCGUCCAGGCUGGAAAUGACAUGAUCAGAUCGGUCCACGCUGGAGACACUAAUUUCGUAUUUCUGUUGAAGGGACCCCUGAUCCUGGUGGCAGUAUCCAAGACUCUGGAGAGUGUUCCCCAGCUGGUUUUACAGCUGACAUAUGUGUACAAUCAGAUUCUCUUCGUUCUGACUCAGUCACAACUCACGAGAGUCUACGACCAGAGGAGAAACUUUGAUCUGAGGAGAUUAUUGACUGGCAGCGAGAGGUUGAUUGAUCAUUUGCUGAAUUUUAUGGACAGGGAGCCAGCGUUUUUCCUGGGGGCCGUCAAGUGCCUUCCCCUGCUCCCAUCCAUGAGGGACUCCAUCACUCAGACCAUUGUUCAGACCUGUGGGAAAAUAAAAAAUCUCGUUUUCGCUAUUUUAUUAGCCAACAAUCAGCUCGUUACUCUCGUGAGGAUGAAGAAGUUCUUCAUUCAUCCAGCAGACUUGCAUUUAAUUCAGAAUCUCAUUGAUAGUUCUGAGUCUUUUAAGACUGCCGAGGGCUGGACACCAAUCUGCCUACCCAAGUUCGACUCCAAUGGAUUCAUGCAUGCACAUGUGUCUUAUCUGGCUGAGGACUGUCAAGCCUGUCUGCUACUCCUCACUGUCGACAGGGAUGUCUUCUCGACGUUGUCAGAGGCGAAACAGAAGAUAGUGGAGAGAUUGAGGAGAACUAAUUGCUUGGAGGCCAUCAAUGAGUCGAUGAAUCGAGUCUCUGUUACUACGGGAGAGAUUGGACUGCCUGAGAUGCGCCAUGUGCUUUACAAGUGCAGGAGCACUGCACAGUUCUGGAGUCCUGGCUUUCAACCACCUUAUGUCAAGGAUGAGGAAAUUGAGAGAUUAUUGGGGUUGUACCAGUGCCUCCAUCAUCGCCUACAUGCCCCCAGUCGUCCACUGAAACUAAUAUUCCAGCAGUUGGAUAAGGAGACAAUGCUCGCAUGGGUGACUUCUGGAUUUGAAUUGUACGUAACGUUUGAGCCCCUAGUAACGAAACCAGACGCCAUAAAUGCAGUCAGCAAGCUCCUCAAGUGGAUCAAGAAGGAGGAGGACAGACUGUUCAUCCUCAACUCACCGACAUUCUAAAUAAACCCUAGAAGACAUUCUCAAUGAACAAAAAAUAAUUCCAUGCCUCUACUCUGCUCAUUAUCUGGGUGAUCCAAGUGAGAAAAUGAGGAUUGAAAUCAAUGAUUUGAUGUAAAUAAUUAAUCACAUUUUUGGUGCAGUUUGAUAUGUAAAAAGUUCAAUCAAUUGCAAUUGCACACAAUUGAGAAUUGAAAUUAAUGAGAAAAUAGAUGUGAUUCAAUGAUUUCAUGUAAAUAAUGAAUCAAUACAUUUUACUAUUGUAUUAUAUCUGAAUAAAUAUUCAGUUAUGUUAUAUAAAGUGAUAAAAGUCAAUAAUUGAAA